AAAAUUCCGUUCGCAUUCGGCGGACGCGAUAAAAGUGAGCGAGAGAGGGAGAGGGUGUACGACGAAGUCUUCCCUCCCGUUCGCGAAAUCCGCGUACAGUCGAUGCUUGUCGCUGUCAAACGGAACGAGAAGCGGAAUUCGCGCGUCCGUAGCGAUGCAGUUUUUUUUUCUUCCCUCUCGCUUCCUUCUGCGUUCAGUAGUGUCGAUUCCACCAGCCGGUCUCGACGCGUUUCAGAGAGACAGGCGUUAAUUAAAAAGCUAUUAAGUUGGAAAAUAAAGAAAACCGCUCUGUAGAGAGAGAGAGAGAUCGAUUUUUCACUAGCGUAUAUAUACUUUGUACUACACAUGUGCAUACUCGACUUUAUGCAAACGAUGUAAUCUAAAUGAGUCGGAGGUGCAAUUAACGAGAUGUUACAAAGUGCGUGUCGUUCUUGUAAACAGAAACGUUGAUGAAGUUUUGCACGCGCGUAUAUUAUGUAUUAUGUCGCGAGAUGACAGAUAACGCGCGACAGAGAUGACAGCGUGCGAUCUCGGAUGAAUUCGGAGGAACGAUUUUCGCGAUCGAUUCUUCGGACCACAUGGCGGGGUUUAAUUUAACGAGGAAUAUUUCGCGCAAGUUCCUGCACUUUAUAGGAAUAAGGAUGUCGAAGCGGCUGAGUUUCUAUGGUCUGGUAGUCCUGGGGUCCAUCUGCAUCUUCUUCCUAGCAUUUAAUCAACGCUACAGCAGCUAUCUCGAACAUCGACUGCAGCCGGUGAUAUCGGAUGGUGAGAUAAGGCCAAGGACUACAAAAAUUCAAGAACCGGUAACGGUAAGCCAGGCAUAUAUUACGGGUUACACGGAAAAUGCCACAAUCACCGAAAUUCAAGAUGUGGUUGAUCAACAGAGAAGGGCUAUAAGAAGGGAAAUGGAAAAUUAUGAAUACCCCAACGGAAGAUAUGGGAUAAACGUGAGCAAACUUGAAGAUCUAGUGAUGGAGAGAGGUGGCAGACCCGUGAGGAGCAUAAUUCUGACGAGUUGGCGAAGCGGCAGCACUUUUCUCGGCGACGUGGUGAAUGCGCAUCCGGCCAAUUUUUAUCAUUACGAACCGUUGCUGGAUUAUGGGAUUGUGCAAAUCAGAGAGCCGCCGCUCGCCGACGAAUCCUUGACAAGGAUUGUCUCUCUCCUGAACUGUGAAUACAAAGAGCUCGAUCGGUAUCUAAAUUAUGGAAAAACUCAUCCUUGGGUAUUCAAUCACAAUACGCACCUGUGGCGGCAGUGUCAGGCUCACAAACGCAUCUGCUGGGAUUCGCGUUUCGUUGCCAAGUUUUGCCGGCUCUUCCCAUUUCAAUCGAUGAAGCUUGUGCGAUUGAGGUUGCGUGUAGCAGAGAAGCUUCUGGCUGAAGAAGAUUUAGGUGUGCGAUUAGUUCUACUAAUCCGCGAUCCGAGAGGUAUCUUGCAAUCUAGAAAACACAGGGAAUGGUGUCCCGCCAAACCAGAUUGUUCCGAUCCGGCUCUGGUUUGCGCCGAUAUGGUGUCAGAUUUUAACACAGCGAUAGAACUCUCGAAAAAAUACCCACAUUCUUUCAGAGUGGUGCGCUACGAGGAUCUUUCCGUGGAUCCCUACAGACACGUGAAGGAGCUUUACAACUUUUACGGUUUGAACUUUCAUCCGAACGUGAAGAGGUUCUUAGACACGCACACGAAGAACGAUGUGGGCGGUGUAUCGAGUACCUUCCGGAAUUCCAAGGUCGCGCCGUUUCACUGGCGGGCCGAUCUGGACUUCGAAGAGGUACACAUGAUACAGAGGGUCUGCGGGACCGCCAUGCGACUGUGGGGAUACGUGAUGGCCUUAAAUUCUACUCACCAAAAAGACUUUGAUCCUAUCACAAAUUACCAGUUGUGACAGCUGGCAGACGACAUGCUCAAUGUAGAUAUGAUGUAUAGCGUAUCGGUAUAGCGAACGGCAAUGGUCAUGUAAGUGCCGUGGUUCAUAUAAAUAUUCAGCGAAAGGUGCUAAUGGUCACUCAGGAAGACAUAACAAGGCGAAUGGAUGUCGAUUUAUUCGUGAGAGUAACUUACUCGAGUCUUAAACUUCGUGAAACCAAUAAAGAUGUUUCUGUAAAGAGACAGAGAAGAAACGAGAUAUAUUCUCGAAUUAUGAAACAAAGAUUAGGGUAAAUUUUCGAGAGCCUGGUGUGCAACAAAAAUAUGUAAUGUCUAACCAUAUCGACGCGAACGUUGCAGAUGUAUUCAAAAUGUUUUUAAAUAUACCGCGAAUCUUUCGAGAAAGUACUUUGUGUCUAAAAAAUAUAUACAAACUUUACUUUUUUUAAUUUAUUGAGUCUGUAAAAAGAUAUUCUUAGUGAUCGAACUAUUAUAUUGUCUUUUUACAUCUUUAAUUUUCUGUGUAAAGGGAAAUGAGAUUUUUAUAGCAAUGAUACAAGACACAAAAUGCAUAUCUUUCUGUCUCCCAACAAGUGUAUUAUUAAAUUAUGUAAAAAAAAAUUCAAUUUUAUUGAUCAAUCACACAUGAUAUUACUCAACUGAAAUUGAAAGUAUACUACUGGCAUUUAUAUACGAAACUUAAACAAAGAAUAUUUAUUUAAUAAUGAACCAUGUUGAUUGCGCGAAGGCGAGAUCAUAAUCAAUUAUUUAAUGAAUACACUGAACGGAAGUUAAAUCAUAUAACUGAUUAAGUCUUGCAACAUUAGGAAUCAUCGGCAACGUUGCUAGAAUCUAUAUCUAUGGCUAUCUGAAAAAAAAAAAUGUUCACCGACGACACGUUAAUGUGAUUCAUUAAAGAGGAGUACGAUCGCGCGCAAUAUCAAUUAAGUCGUUUAUGUCUUAUGUCAACGGAACGUUCGAAGUUAUCUCUUGAUCGCGUGGCAAUCGCGAUGUUCAGAAAAGCUGGCUACGUUAAGCAGUGCAUGUCAAGGACCAGAAGAAUGAGUUUCCAUUUCACCGGCCUUCGGCACGGCCGGCGACAAAUUAUUAAAGGUAUACAGACGCGACCAACUCGCCCGCGAGCGCGUAUGAUUUUUAUAAUGUACGACAUAGAGUCGUAUAGCACUGCGCACUUUAUAGAUACAAGAUAGAAAUCUUGCGAACUGUUUGUUGGCGACUUAGUGUAAGAAUACUUUUUUGAAUCUUUACACACCAGCAAUUGAUUAUAUCCCCGGACGGGUACACACCUUAGUUAUGUAUUGUAUAUACUAUAUAUUCUAGUGCAAUUAUGUUACAAAAAAUAUAUAGUGUUUCUCGCGUCCUUGCGUUAUGCACCGAGCGCUAGAUCAGUCUGCUCUCUGUGUGAUCAAGUUUUAUCAUGCAUUCACUUAAAGUAGAAUUAGUUUGUCUCGCUAAGUAUUUUACAUUAUUAAUAUUAUUAUACAUAAUCGAAUUCGGAUAUUGAGGAACUUAAUGCUUUUCUCUCCUCUUUGUUUUAUAUAAAAAGUCGAUUUUACUAUAUCAGGACUUUACUUUUUAUUGUUAUUAUUUUUGUUUUAAUUAUAAAACAAAUUGAAUAAAAUGUGACGUUUCUCGUACAUAUGGAUAAAAUCUUGCAGUAACGUUUUAUCAGGAUCGCUAAUAUAAAUUCGCAAUAACAUCUUCGUGCGAUCAUGUUAUUACGUUUUCACGGAAUGGAUAUCUAGUCCAAGAGGAACGCGUAUUACUUCGCAUUUUGUACCUUAGAUAUAAUAUGAGGUUUCAAUAAAAGAAUCUUAUUUCUAUGGAA